AUGCAGCAGAGACCUCCCACGGUGCCCAAGCUGGCCUGGGUGAAGGAGGAGGAGAAGGAGGAAAGCCCUGGGGCUGCUCCAACACAGCAGCCUGAAGAGGUGCAGCAGGUGCAGCCCCCGCAGGAGGCUCUGAGCGCGCUCGCUCUUUGCCAGAUGCAGGCCAGGAGCGGACAGAAGAGCAGCUCCGUGCCCGUGGCCGCUUCCGCAGGGCAGCACAGCUGGUUUGCAGAUUCAUCAGGGGCAUUUGGCAUGAAGAGGCCACUUUCAUGGCCACUGGGGACACGGCAAACUCGGACCUCUUCCAUGCCCAGACCAGCGCCUUUCCUGCUGGAUUUGCUUGUGCAGAACGGUGUCUACAAAGCAAAGCAAGUGCCGGCCAUAGUCAGGUGCAUCCAUCAGUGGCUCACGUCCAAUGUGUCUGCUGAGCACAGGCUGGACAAGACUCUUGUCCUGCUGACCGAGGCACACCCCACGGAUGUUGCAGUGACCCUGCUGCGCUCUGCCCCAGCCUGUGACAGAGCUGCUCGCACCAUGUGGAAGACGCUCAUCUCCUCCAGACGGACUAAGGAGCCGGUGCUGCAGAUCCUCUUCCAUGUGCUGGAAUACUGGCCAGCGCACAGGAGACGCACCUCUGAUGGGGAUGAGAGGGAUGUCUUUGCCCUGGCUGCAACUGUGGCACUCUGGGAGAUCCUCCAGCUGUCCCACUCCUGGUGCCCAGGGGGAGUGAAGAACAAUUCCCCCCGCCUCCUUCUGACUCUGCUCUUCCAAGUUUUCAUCAGCACAGAGGAGAUGUCAGAGGAGGUCGAGACCUUCUGGAGGCGAUGCCGGGAGCAGCGCAGCCUUCCCCCCAACCCCAACAGGUUUGCAGUGCAGACCGUUAAAGCCCUGCUGCGCCAGCUGCUGGAUGAGGACGUGCUGAUGGCGAUCGGUCGCAAGUGUGGCUGGGACAUGCUCCUCAAGGCUGACACCCACCACUAUGCAGUGGGUCUGCUGGCCAGGGAGCUGUGCCGUUUCUCCCGCUCCUUCUGCCGCAGCAUCGCCGUCAGCCUGCUCCCGCGGCUCAGCAGGGGAGAGCCCCUGUGGGAACUGCCUGCCCUGGCGUUCCUGGUGGAGGUCCUGCACUGCCUGAACCCCAGACAAUGUGGGCCCAGCGUCCUGCAGAUCAUUUCCAGGCACCUGCGCAGGCAGUGCCCGGAGAGGCGUCGCCUGGCGCUCCGAGGCCUGCUGGUGCUCAGCAAGGCUCCCGCAAUGGUGAGCAGGGGGCAGGGGCUGAAGCCGGGCCGGCAGCCUGCCCGACUCCUUUGGGACACACCUUUGGCCUCUGGGCCCCGCGGCAGCACCGUGGGGCUGCACCACAGCAUUGUGUUCCACACAGGCUAA